CGCCUGUUCACAUCGACGACGUCUUUGGACUUUGGAGCAACCGGCUUGAGGGCUGCGAGAGCGACAGCGACUGGAUUCUUUUACAAACGGAGUGACGAUCAUUUGGCGCAUACACGGGCUUCACUGUUUUUUUUUGAAUUGGGUUUACCGCUCAGAGUAGCAAAUCACUACGGGGCAUCGCGGUACCGUUCAACUUCAACUGAAGUCAUCCAUUCACGCAUCUGCCAUAAGUGCCAGUGCGCAAGGCCGCAGACAGCGACAGCCGGCUCUGUGUGACGGACGGAUAACGUGCGGGCGGCUUAAUCUCGCUCAGCUGCGAGUCUACCUAAAAUCUAAAUCCAACAUCGCGCGCCGUACAUCACGGUGACGCCGGCACCUCCAGCAGCCGCAGCUCUGCACCGCGAUAACCAGCCUCGACGUUUCGUCGUCCUAGGUGUCCGCUACUACCCCUAAGCACCUUGAGCGCGUCGGGGUACACUCCCGUGCCAUCGGCUCACUCUCGGCUCAGCCUUCCAUCACUCCUUCCUCACAUCGCGCCGUCCGUAGUGCACGCCCACACUUCCACCUUUCAAUACCUUGACGGCCAACUGCGGGGCAUCCGCGGCCGGUCGCGACCAGGCAACCCUACGAUACGACCGGGCACCACACCACGCUCUUAUAGGAUUGCAUCUUCAGUUAGUUAACAAGCCUAGUGUUGGCAAGCAGAGGCUCGGUUGGAAUCGUCAAUACCGUACCGGUCGUUGAGGGGCACAGAGAAAUGGAUCGUGCCGGCCCUCCUCCCAAAGACAAGGUUGAGGCCCUCAAGGCGAUCGCAAAGAACGCCGGGGUCAACAAGACGCAGCUGCAGUCCCUUUGCGCCGUCAAUGGCUUGCCCAAGACGGGAAACAAGCCUGAUUUGGUGAAACGCCUUGUCGAUGCUAUCCAGCAAUGCGUAGCGCGCGGCGACGGCAUCACUUUCAACACAUUUUACAACAGUUUCGAGACAACCGUACCCUGGUUUCAUAGCUUUGUGGCUAGCACGGGUCUGCUACAGCAACCCAAACCCCAGCCGCCACCGCAGAUACCCCAAACCGCAAUCUACCCACCCGUUCAAAAUCACGGAAACAGUUCCAACAGCUACGCCAUGGCUUCCUACGGCGUAGCUAACGGCUCCUACAACGCGCCUAAGGGCGUCAGCAGACCACUGGACUGGUAUAACCAACAACGUCACGAUUUCCAGUUCAAGCCGAGCGUUUUCUACGAAAUACAAUAUCGAAUUGGGGAGGUCAAGGAUUGCGAACGUAUGUUAGCAAUGCAGCAGCAUAGGCAAACCGUCUCCAUCAAGCUCAGGGUGGCGGAUCAUCCCCAGCUCAGUAAUGUCGGAAACGACCCUUCACUGAGGAUCAUGAUGUACUGCGCUGCCGGGAAGAAUGGCGUCCAAGACAUCGCCUUUCCCUACCAGUCAGAGCUCAAGGUGAAUGGCGGCGAGGUCAAGGCAAACCUGCGAGGCCUGAAGAACAAACCUGGGUCUACUAGACCGGUUGACAUCACGGACUCGCUGCGUCUACGACCAAACACAUAUCAAAACAACAUUGAUUUUACGUAUGCCCUCACCAGAGAGUCUUUCUACCUAGUAGUAUACCUGUGCAAAACCCCGACUAUCGAGGAACUGGUGUCAAGAAUCACCAAGAAGAUCCGCGCCGAAUCGGUGGUUACCGAGAUCGCAAACAAGGCUAACGACCCUGACGUCGUUGCUACAUCACAAGUCCUCAGUCUGAAGUGCCCACUGUCGUACAUGAGGUUAAGUAAGCCCUGCCGAGGCCUGAAUUGCGGUCACAUCCAGUGUUUUGAUGCCACUUCAUACCUCCAACUCCAGGAGCAAGGGCCACAGUGGUUAUGUCCCAUCUGCAGCAAAUCUGUUCCGUUCGACCAAUUGGCGAUUGAUGAGUACGCCCAGGGCAUUCUCGAAGCGACUCCCAAAUCUGUAGAGCAGGUCACGAUUGAACCUACCGGCAAGUGGAUAGAACCAGGUGCGGAAAAAGUGACGGUACCCGACUCUGCCGAGGCAAGCUUUGUCGAUGACGAUGACCUGUAUGUUUCGGAAGUCCUCUCGGCAGCAAACCACGACUUCUCGACGCCCGGUCGUUCUACUACCGGCGCGUCAACUACACUGAUCGGCACGCCGAUGAAUGGAAGCACAGGGGGCACGCCUUCACUGGCAAGGUCAUCGAACAAUAACAAUAAACGUUCAGCCCCGGAAGUUAUUGAUUUGACGCUGUCAGAUGACGACGAGCCACCCAGGCCUGUGAAGCGGGCUAACUACGGGAUGAACGCGUACUAUGGAUCCAACUCUUAGGGGGAAGUAUAGGAUGCUGCAGAUGUGCAUCACAGGCACGCUUCAAUGCAAAGGGGUCGCCGUGCUCCCCGUCGCCGUAACAGGCAGGCGCAAUGGACGAAUUAUCAGGCGGAUUAUUCCCACCAGCCCGACUUUGGGGAAGUAUAGGAUGCUCAAUAUUGGCUUCGGAGACUCGCUUGGGCAACAGGAGGCCGGAUUGUUCCCUUCAUCGGCCCUAACUGAACGCCAUGUCUACUAGGUAUCCUUUUCUACCAGACCAGCUUGGUUUUCACUUUUUUUUUUUUUUGCAUUUCAAACACGGUGGAUCGACAGAGGUAUUUAUAUCAGUCUUUGGCGUUGGGCGCACUCAGAUGGGGGAAAAGGUUUUAUGGGAGAAGUUUCAGGGUUGUGGUACAGUGAGAAAUGACGGAAUGAAUGAGGGAUCAGUACUAAGAUGCAAAUCCGAUACCCAUUAAAGUGAUACGACCUGACCGGCAUGUUGUCUGGGAGCAAUUUUGUACAUGAAAUCGAUUACAAAAUGAUGUACC